CUGCGCACCAGCAAGUCACACUUCAGUACGUUUACUUCGCUCCGCUUAACCAGUCAAUCCAACGAUGUUGAUCGGAAUUCUCCUAAUAGCGGGAUCUAUUUUUCUCCUGCAAAAAUGGAUCUACUCCUACUGGACUCGCCGAGGAAUCCCUCAGCUGAACCCAUCGUUCCCCUUCGGAGACGUCUCGGACACGUUCAAGCAACGCAAAUCCUAUGCCCAACGUACCGCCGAUCUGUACAACCAGGCCGUCCGAUCGGGGUAUCGCUUUGCCGGAAUCUACACCCUAUUCCAGCCCGUUCUGCUCAUCACCGAUGCUGAGCUGGUCAAACGGAUUCUGACCGUAGAUUUUGAACACUUUCAGGACCGUGGUGUCCACGUCAACGAGCGCCGUGAUCCUCUGAGUGCUCAUCUGUUUUCACUGGCCGGUGCCAAGUGGAGACGCAUGAGAUGGAAGCUGUCGCCGGCCUUCACCACGGCCAAGCUGAAAGCCAUGUUCCCAACCAUGAUGGAUUGCGGACGCACGCUGUCGACGGUGAUCGAUCGUCAUCUGGACCAACCGAUGGACAUUCGCGACUUGAUGACCAGGUUCACCAUGGACGUGAUCGCUUCGGUAGGAUUCGGUGUGGAGUGUAACAGUUUGGAGAAACCGGACGAGGUGUUCCGUCGGCUGGGUAUGAAGUUUUUCUCGAAAAGUUGGAAGACCUCCGUGCGGAUGCUUAUGGCAUUCGUGGCCCCGAAAAUCAAUCGGUUCCUACAGGUGAAGCUGGUCGAUGACGACGUGGAAGAGUACAUGCUGGAGCUGGUGCGGGAUACGAUUGCCCGUAGGGAGGGUGGAGGUGUGGUGCGGAAGGAUUUCAUACAGAUGCUGGUACAGUUGAGGAACCAGGUGGAGCUGACGGAACGAUGGGAGAUGGAUAAGGUGGAUCAUAAGAAGAGCUUGACCGUGGAGGAAAUGGCUGCGCAGUCGUUUGUGUUUCUGAAUGCGGGUUAUGAAACCACUUCUUCGACGAUUACGUUCUGUUUGUUUGAGUUGUGUCGGAAUAGGGAGCAUCUAGCAAGAGUGGUGGGAGAGAUCGACCGCGUGUUAGAAGGUCGCGAGAUCAGUUAUGAGACUAUUGGAGAGAUGACUUACCUGGAGACCUGUAUCGAUGAAACGCUGAGGAAGUACCCGAUUUCGCCGGUUCUUUUCAGAAAGUGCACCAAGCCGUAUAAGAUUCCGGAGACGGAAGUCGUGGUGGAGAAGGGAACUUUGAUACAUAUUCCUUUGCUGGGGCUGCAAUAUGAUGCGAGGUACUAUGAGGAUCCACUGAAGUUCGACCCGGAUCGGUUUGCCGAGCGAAGCGGUGACAGCUUGCCGUACUACUCGUUCGGAGUUGGACCUAGAAUUUGCAUUGGUUUGCGAAUGGGCAAAGUGAUGGCCAAAAUGGCGCUAGUGGAACUGCUGUCCAGGUAUGAUUUCGUUCUGGAUUCUACCGUGCCGGAUGGUGAAAUUGAGCUAGAUCCGUCCUUGCUGAUGCUCCAGCCCAAGCAGAACAUCUUGCUGAUACCAAAGAAACGUGUAACGUGUGCACGAGACCACUAAAUCCGAUAGAUUUAAUAUCAACGGUCAAAUGCGGAGUACUGAUGUAAAGAUGAAAAUUUUCCGUUUCCCAAUGUCUUUCAAAUGGACAAUUCCAAACAAACAGUGAAAAACAGUAAACAAAUGCCGAUUCCCGUGAAGCACUCAAAUCCCAUUCGCCAAAAAUCGAACCAAUUAUCGAGAAUCCACAAAAAGCCGCGCAGUGUCCGUCGGUCCGUGGGUCGUCAUCGUCGUUGGCCAAACGGCUUAAGCGCCUUGUCGGUUUGAUUUACGAUUAUUUUCGCAAACAACGGCGCUUUUUUCCCGCUUCUAUGGGGAGAUUUUUUCCGCGUUUGUCUUUGCCACCAUGUUUUCCCAACGGAUUUUUUUUUUGUGCGUCUCCAGCAUUCACCAACAGUCCCCCUUCCACGCUGAUGCUGGUUGAAUCUCAAUGUAGUGCACAAAGUCGUGGAAAAAUGAGCAUCCCCUAUCAUCCUCCCAUCGUAGUAGUCAAUGCUUGGAGAAGGAGCGACUCCAUUCGGUAAAAGAGACGGCGAGGACAAAAUUGACAUCGCAAACAAAAAUAAACCUCUAUGGGACAGCAUGAUGACCGAUGGGGAAGCGGGGAAAAAUCUCGGUGUGAUGUUACUGAACCAAGUCCGAAUAAACAAAUCAGUGAACACAGUGUCCGCUUCCGUAUAUGUGUCCGUACAUACAGCCUAGCAGCGGGGGCUAUUAGCUGGAAUAAAUUUCGACCUCGGUACCGGGCCCUCUCGCAGUUGCAGUUGACCAUCGUCACACAGAAAGGGGCAACGACGACGACGACGACGGACGAAUCAAUUUAUGGCCGGGAGCUUUAAAUUAGACUGGGGAUGGACUGGCCGGGGGCCAGUUUUCCUAUGGUCAUCGAUCCAGUAAAUUGUGACGCGGUCGGAUCGGGACACCGGGAGGGCAUUUAGCCUAUAAACAAAUAAGCAUCAGCCAGCAGAGACAGAGAGACGUGGUCGUUCGUUCGGAACGUGGCUGCCGGUUGGAUUCAGGAAACCUAGUGGUCUACUCUGCCAUAAAUACAGAGAGAAGAGGCUCCUUGCUGCACCAUGUGUGGGAGUCGAACGAGAUGCUGCAUUGGUUUGGGGAUCGAUGUCACCAUAUGGUGUAACAGAAUUUUAAGUAUUAAGUGAUGAUUUAUUUCAAUUUCCUGUCCGUGUUCUCCGGUGCUGUUAACAUUUGGUGGUCUACGGAAGAGUGACGUUUUCUGAUGGGUGAACAAAGUAAUAGAGGUAGGUGGCGUUGCUAUGGAAAUGGCAUGUUAAGGAACUGCUUUCCACUGUGACAGGAAGGUAUUAUUUACUGAAGACGCGGUUUUCGACCUGGUAAUAGGAUUCUUGAAGGGUAUUGAGGUAAAUGCAUAUUCUUAAUCUGUAUGUCAAGUGGAACCAAAAUCCAAAAUGUCAAUGGCGCACUGGAACUAUUUUAAAUAAUGACGUGUUUUUCUUUUGUUGCGUGUUUUUCGUCAGGGAAUUAAACAUUGUUUGCGUUAAAUUUGUUAAUUUGUGUGCUGAAAUUUAGUUUCAACUGUCCAUAAAGAUAUCAUUUAGUGAUAUAUCGUGUUUUGCCUGUGUUUGCCUUGAGUGACUUGGUUGACCUUGAAUAUAGCCUC